AUGCAUCACCUUCUCGGUAUCUCCCCGUCGAGACUCCGUCUGCAACACAAUGUAAGUGCCCACCAGGUAAGCGAACACUGCCCUGUCAUUUGUAUACUUGAUUGUGUUUGUUCUUGUUGACGUUUUAUUGUUGCCUUUGCUUUAUGUCGUUCUUGCCUGCUUCAUUUCGUCUGCUUGUACACGUCUGUGCUUAUUGUAAGCUAAAUACCGUUCUGCUAAAUUUGUCUGCAUACCGUUUAAAUUACAGAAACCGGUUAGCUUUGAGAAGGACGGGAAAGCUCGGUGUCUCUACUUUGCUCCCCACUGCUCCUCUCCCACGGAGAUGUCGUUGGCAGGUCCGGGUACGUAGUAGAGUUCGGCAGCCGUCUGCGACAACUUAGGGAGGGCAAUGCUCACCCCGCGAGGGGGUAGGGAUUAGAAAUGGUGCCCUAGACAAAUGCUAGGGAUUCACGCCGUCUGCAGGCUGAUCGUGACUGCAAAAGCUAAACUCACGUUCGAAACAUCCAAAAUCGAAACAACACGCUGUAUCUUUUCCCACCUCCUUCCCACCGAUCCAAAGGCUGGAAUGGUUGUUUAAAUACACUCAAACUGGCAGCCUGGAAUGUUCGUUCCCUUUUAGACAAUCCGAGGAGCAACCGACCGGAACGGAGGACGGCGCUAGUGGCACGAGAACUGGCGCGCUACAAGGUGGACAUCGCCGCACUCAGCGAGACCCGAUUCUCCGAACAAGGCCAACUGGAGGAGGCGGGUGUCGGCUACAACUUCUUCUGGAGUGGUCGACCCAGGGCAGAGCGACGAGACGCGGGUGUCGCCUUCGCCAUCCGGACUGACAUCGUGGGACGACUGCCCUGUCUACCGCAGGGAAUCAACGAUCGCCUGAUGAGCCUCCGCCUGCCUCUCCGGCGAGGAGGCAAAUUCGCCACCAUGAUCAGCGCCUACGCUCCGCCGAUGAGCAGCCCUGAGGCCGCCGCAAGAGACAAAUUCUACGAGGACCUGCACGCCCUCUUGGCGACUGUGUCGAAGGCGGACAAGUUGAUUGUCCUUGGCGACUUCAACGCCCGCGUCGACACAGACCAUACUGCCUGGAGAGGAGUGCUGGGCCCCCACGGUCUCCACGGCUCCAACGACAAUGGUCUGCUGCUUCUCCGCACCUGCGCAGAACACCGCCUCAUCCUGACGAACACGUUUUUCUGUCUGCUGCAGCGAGAGAAGGUCACCUGGAGGCAUCCUCGUUCGCGCCAGUGGCACCUGCUGGACUAUGUCCUCGUCCGGAGGCGAGAUCAGCGGGACGUGCUGGUGACGAAGGCGAUCGCGGGCGCUGACGUUUGCACUGACCAUCGCCUCGUCAUCUCGAAGAUGUGUAUUCGUCUACAGCCUCGCAGGCGACCACAAGGUUAGCGACCCCCAGGUAAGUUGAAUGUUGCCUUGUUGUCUUUGCCUGCUCACCAUCUCCAUUUCAGCAAUGAGCUAGCUCAACGGCUAGACAACCUUCCUAUCGCUGCCGCCGCAGACGCCCCCGAUGUACAGGAACGGAUGAGAAUCCUCAGCAUCUACCCCAUGCUGAGACAAAUGCAGCUGCGCUGGAGCGGCCACCUGGCGCGCAUGGACGACGAGCGACCACCCAAACGACUCUUCUACGGAGACAUCGUCACGGCGGGUUCUCGCCGCCAAGGAGGCCAAAUCUGUCGAUACAAGAAUACUCUAAAGUCCUCCCUGAAGCGUCUGCAAAUCAAUCCGGCCAACUGGGGAGACCUCGCCCGAGACUGA